CUUCCGCAUCCAUUUUUUGCUUGUGUUCUCCAGCAUCGACAUGCCUUCUCCCUGCUCGCAGACCUCAUCUUCGAACGCCUGGAGCAAUGACGAGGUUAAAAUUUUCCUCUUGUUGCUCGCCGACGACAGAAUCCAGCGCGAACUGGACAGUUCUGUGCGAAAUGAAAAGAUUUUUCAGGGGCUUGCACAAACAAUGUCCGCCCACGGCUACGAACGCACCUCCAAGCAGUGCCAUGAAAAAAUAAAAAACUUAAAAGCUGAGUACAGGUCAGUCAAGGACCACAACAGCAGCAGUGGGGCAGACCAGCAGCACUGGAAAUGGUUUGCCGACAUGGAUGCCAUUUAUGGUGAGAGGCCUGUGAGUAAUGGCCGGGGGAGUGUCGUGGACACAGCCACUCCAGCUUACACUGGCCCUCAGGACAACGAUAUAACUCUGGAACUGUGCGCCGAUAAGAGCCAGGACGUGCCCGACACCGGGGGCAUGAACGCUGGGCCCUCAUCUGGCGACUGCGUCCGCAGCUGCAGCCCAAGCGUCUCAGCGUCAUCGGGGGACAGCAGACCAAGCUACGGAAAAAGGAGGCGGGGAGCAGCAUCGUGUCACCGUUGUUGGAGACGCUGGUGGAGAGUGACGCGGGGCUCCUGGAGGCUGCGAGGAAGAUGAACUGUUUAAUGGAGCAGCACAUGGAGUCAGAGGCGGAAGACAGACGCCUGCAGAGAGAGGAGAGACGAGAGGAGAGGGAGGAGAGACGAGAGGAGAGGAUAGCACAGCGGGAAUUCAAUCACGCUUUCUUGGAUGUGCUGCGUAAUUUGGUGUCGGCGGUAGAAAAAUCUACUAAAUAAAUGACCUGAGUAUGUUUUUAUUUUUGUUAUUAAAUAGAGGUGCAAUAAAGUGUUUGACAAUGCAACGUGUAAUCCAUCACGGUGUCCAUUUCACAGAAUGUGAA